UCUGUGUAUUUGCUCUGAGCAUCAUUUGCUCUUUUUUAUUGAUGCAAGCCGUAAUAAUAUUAUUAUGGCGUACGGCGUACCCGUCAGAAAAAAUUAAAAAACCCUAAUACCUAGGUAUUUGUUUUCCACAGUAAUAAUAAAAUAAUUGUUCUCUAAUCUCUUCUGUAUUGCGAUUAAUCAGUGAUUCUGUAUGAAAACUCGUAUUUUGCCGUGAACUUUAGACAAGCUAAUUUGUAUAAAAAAAGAGGUUUUCAAGUAUUUUAAUCUAGAGGAUUUUUUAGAAUGUCAAAUAAUAAAAUAAAUAAUAAAAAAAAUGAUAAAAAAAAUGAUAAAAAAAAUGAAUCUGACACAUAUAUUCAAAAACUUCCACUUGAACUAAUAGCCAAUAUCGUUCAAUAUUUGAACUUGAGGGAUAUCAUUGCAUUGACUUCUGUCAGUAAGAUAUGGCGGAGCACAUAUCUCAAUCAAAAUGUAAUUUGGAAGCGUAUAUGUGAAGAGCUGGAUAUACGGGAUGAAGAUUACUUGAGAAAUUCUCCAACUUUUUGCACUUUAGUUGGUUCAUCGUCAAAAGAGUACAUGGACUUUAGGGCCACCUCCAUGUUUGGCCAAACAUGCCAUUGGUGGGAUACGUUCAUUUGUUACCACAGGAUUUUAAAAUACCUAAGAAGCAACGGCUACUGUUCUGUAAAAGUACCACACUUGAGUCACAUAUCAAAUACAUAUUGUUUUGGCGAUUACGUAGUAAAUGUCAGCAACAAAAGAAGUGAAAUACCGGUUACAAUAACUGUACUAAAAGGUUUGGCCAGAGAUUUUCACAAUAUAAAACUAGAGAUGUGUGAAAUGUUUAAUGAAUUAUUUUAUAAGCACAUUAAAGUCGAUAAGCCCAAAGUGGUUGGAAACGACAAAUUCUUAGUAAUUGAAAUUCGAUCAGUGAUUUUUGUCUAUAUAAUCGAAAACUAUGAAUUUAAAUUGCAUUUUACAAAAGUCGUUCAUAGAGAUUUAUUAAUAGAAGAUUCAGUGCAUGAUCAUUUGCCUAGUCAACAUUUUUUAAGAACCCACAACGACACUAAAAUAGCCAUGUAUGAAGAUAAAUUAGUUGUAGUUCACCCAAAAGAAAACGAAUUUUACGUAAUCAACCUGAAAAUUGGAAAACUCCGUCAAUUGAUCAAAUUGAGUAAAUGGAAGUGCUACGUUGACUGUGUACAAUUUUAUAAAGAAAGAGUGAUGAUAGGAGUUACCAUUCCACAGAAUGACAGCGAAAGUAUUGUUAAACACAUGCUUAUGAUCUACGAUAUAGAAAAAGAGUCUAGUAAAGGAUUCACUUUGUUUGGUGCCGCCAACGAAAUCAAAGUUAGCGAAAGCGUUAUUGGAAUUCAAAACAAGCCUCAUCGUACUAUAUUUAUAAGGAAAAAAAACAAUUCAAAAUUUUUUUUGUCUUGUAGUACUUUUGAUUUAGACCCGUACGGCAAAUAUAUUUUUUAUGUCAAUCAAAACGUAUUGUACAAAUACAUUGUAAGCGACGUCGAUCCAGCUCAGGGUACGACGAUUGCGUCUUCUAUACAAGACACUUCUUGUUUACAUCUCAUUAAUAAACAUUUUUUGUUGUUAAAUAAAACUUCAAAUCUUUGGUAUGACGUGCUUGAUGUAAAGAACAAAUACGUCGUGAAAAGUAUAAAGUAUGAUAGAUACAGGUUGGUGUAUGUAGGUAGACGGUUUUUAGUGAUGGCCGACACAAAAGUUACGUUAAUAAUGGGAUAUUGUAAGUAAUUGCAAAAAUAUUUUUGUUUAUAUUAGACUAUUGAAUUUUUAUAAAUUAAUGUAUCAAAGAAAAUAUUGUACCGAACAUUUUAAUAUAUAUAUGUACACGUAGGGCAUAAAUAUUUAUUGUAUAAUUUUAUUUUAUACUCAUCAAUAAAUGAUCAUUGUUUACACAUAUAUUAUAAAUAUCUGAAGUGUUUUCAAAGUAUAUUGCGAUUGUGUGUUUGAGAGGAUUAAACAUUUAAAUUUUAUUCAAUAACGCGAGCAGGUUUAUACUUAUUAAACUAGCAAUUUCUGACAAUUUUUAAUUUUAUUAAAUAAGGAUUCCUACUCUGACGAUCUAACUUUAAUUUUUUGUGUUAAACAUUUCAAUAGAAAAUAUUGAUUAUAUUGUUUUUUUAUUUUUUUGUUCUUUUUAUUUUAAGUUGGUUCUAUGUACGAUUCAUACUUAUCGCUUUUGCUGCUGUGGCCCUAUUUGUUACAUAUUCUUAGUUCUAUAUAUAGUUCUUUAUACUGUAUAUAAUAUAAGUCUGAAAAUAUACAAAAUUCCAAUAUAUAUAUAUAUUUACUUAUAAGUUAUUAAGAAUUUGUUUGCCAACUAAAUGGUUUUUCCACUGUGUUCAGUUUUUUUAUUAAAAAAAUCUAAUCAAAUACACGUUUAUAUUUAU